AUGAGGCUGAUAAGUUGGAACUGUCAAGUGCUUGGGAACCCUUGGACAGGUAGAAGCCUUCACAAAAUUGUGAGGGAACAAGCACCCACAAUCUGUUUUUUUAUGGAAACAAGACUGGACAAGGAUGGAUUUGUGAAUUUAUAUAGUAAUUUGCCUUUCAAUAAUAAGAUUAUUGUUAAGCAUCCUGAUGCUGGGGGAGGAUUAGCUUUUUUAUGGAAGAAUACUAUUAAUUUGGAGAUUAUUAAUUACACUGCAAACCAUGUCUUAGCAGUGGUAACUGAAGAGGAUGGGUUUAGGUUGUUCUUGAUUGGGUUUUAUGGAUGGCCAGAGGCACAAAAGAAAGUGAGAUCUUGGAGAUUGUCGGAACAUUUGAAGACCUUUAUAGAGGGACCUUGGAUGAUUAUAGGGGACUUUAAUGCUUUUUUACAUGCUUUGGAAAAGAAAAGUAGACGGCCACCACAAACUUCACAGGUUGAUGCAUUUAGGGACGCUUUGGAGUCUUGCCAACUUCAAGACCUUGGAUUCAAGGGGCAGAGAAGGGAGAAAAGCUUCAAGUUUGAGGAGUCUUGGCUGUUGAAAGCUGAUUGUGAGACCAUGGUGAAAGAGGCAUGGGGUAGAGAAAAUAUUGCUUCCCACGGCCUUGAGUCCAUCAAGCAAAAAAUUCAAAUGUGUGGAGCAGAAUUAUUGAGUUGGGGUUCAGCAUGGACUGAUCCGGAUGUUGAAGCUAUCAAAGAGAUUCAAAAAAGAUUGGACAAAUUGAAUGAGGAAGAAAUUUCUGAAACCAGCAAGGCCGAGUUCUUGGAUUUAAGCAAAAGGAUGGAUGAGCUUCUCCAAAAACACGAAAUUUAUUAG